AUGCGAUUCGUCCGGGAGAAGAUCAGGGGUCUCUCUGUAAAGGCUGACCUCGGGCAAGCCGAGCGCGGUCCUCUGGAGACGCAGAACUUUGUCGAGAAGAUGAUCCUGGCGCGGGACAAGGAUCCGGAGAAGGUGACGGAUUACCAUAUUUUCAUGAUGGGGCUGUCGAACGUCAUUGCGGGCUCGGACACCACUGCCAUCAGUCUGUCGGCCAUCAUGUAUAACCUCCUGCGUUGUCCGGAGGCCAUGGAGAAGCUCAGGCGCGAGAUCGACGAGUUUACCGCGCAGGGCAGUGCCACGGGCUUGCCGCUGUGGAGGGUGGUUCCAGACGGCGGGGCCGAGAUCAACGGCUAUUUCUUCCCUGCUGGUACGGUAGUUGGGGUUAACACCUGGGUGGCCCAUUACGAUGAGGAAGUCUUCCCCGAUGCGACGACAUUUCGUCCAGAGAGAUGGAUCGAGGCGGAGAGUAAUCCGGAAAAGCUCAAAGCCAUGAACGAGAUGUACAUGCCUUUCGGCCUCGGGACUAGGACAUGCCUCGGAAAGCACAUCUCCAUUCUGGAAAUGUCGAAACUCAUCCCCCGGAUCGUCCGAGACUUUGAUUUCAGUACGGGGCGUGCGAAUUGGGAGACGGAGAACAGGUGGUUCGUGAAGCCGACCAACUUCACCGUCCGUGUUACACAAAGACUAGCAGCUCGCAGUUGA